AUGUCUAGAUAUGUGGAGAUACUCAUACAGCAGCAAGAGUGGCUCGUUGCCGGUCUCAUAAAACUUUACAGACGCACGCAGAUUUGUUCGGAUCAGCCAGGCCUUGUGCAUGUAGUGGGCGACAAAGGGGAGAUAUUGGUUCACCAUAUAUUGAAGCAACUUGGGGUGUUUAAAGAGGACGACAGCCAUGAUUUUGUUGAAUCUAAGCAACAAGGACCGGAGGCUCUCGACGAAGCCCGCCGUGUUUCCCAGAGCGAAGGUGCCGGCAACCAAGGACCCGCCAUUUAUGGUAGCCUACGAAGUAGACUUCCUGGUUACGGCAGUACAAUGGCAGACUUUCAAUGGUCUACAACUAUGACAGAUGACGGCCCGAAGAGUACAGCUUCCUGGAGGUUCAAGCAUGCUUGA